CUGCUAGUCGCCCGUAUGUGCAUAGCGGAACAUUGAAAAAUAUUAUCCACCGUAAAAGAAAAAUAAGAAGCAAGCGUUGGUCGACGUGAAACUUCAGUUGUUUCUUUGAAUCCGAGCUGAUCGCUCCACAAAAAAAGACGAUGGGUCUGGGAACUGUCUGAAGAAUUUCAACAACGAAUAACAAGCUGUUUUGUGUGGAAUUAAAUAAUACGUUUUAAAAGAUAAAAAACAACAAAAAAAAGGCAAUCGUGUUUUGAGUUAAGUGAAUGAAGAGCCCUCGUCAGGCCGCCAACGUUCCGGGCGUCCGCAGUUAUUAUCACGGACGGCACACCUUGGAGCGGAUAUGUCGCCGGAUUGCCGCAUCCAACGUAGUUGGCACUUUGACAGCGAGAGUGUCUAAGAAAAGCCAUGGAAGUAGAAGGAGCAGUCAAGGAGCGAGUAUUCGCGCUAAAUCGUCCGCCAGUUCCAUCCACCCGGAUCAUCCGCAAAGCGGAGUUUUACAGAAACGGAGCCAUCAACUGUCGAAACAACGGAUGGAACGGGCCAAGUCCCGGAGGAAAGCCAGAGAACGACAGCUUCAAAAAGUAGUGGAAAAUGUUUGGGAGAACGACGUGUCCUCGGGUUCAGAAGAAGUUUUGAGGAAUUCAAACGAUUCGCUAAACGCAUCAUCGAUCGCCGAAGAAAUUAGUACGGACGACUCUUUCGGUCAUUUGAAUAUGAGCGCACGCAGUCGAUCCAAAAAAUCCAGCCAGCAUGAACUGAGAUCAGGCUGCUUACCAGUCGGUUACAUUCCACAAUUGAUGUGCGCUGCAAUCCUUUCGUUGGGAAAUUUGAAUAUCGGAUUCAUGUUGGCCUAUCAUAGCAUUGCACCAGUCAACCAUCUGCCGACCAAUAGUCCCAACUGGCUCGCACCAUGGAUUUUGAAUCUCUUCAACUUGGGAGGAUUAUUGGGAGCCCUACUUUCUUCUUUAGCUUUAAAUAAAGGUAGAAAAAGGCCGUUGAUGGUUACCGUCUUGAUUCUAAUAGCUUCUUGGCUGAUGGUUAUUUUAUCGCACAACUCGUCAAUGAUCUUCGGCGCCCGUCUUAUCGGGGGGAUCGCUGCGGGAAUAAUAACGGUGGUCAAUCAAAUUUAUAUCGCCGAGCUCGCCUCACCUCGACAGCGUGGAAGUUUAGGUGUUUUGCCCACCUGUUUCGGUUUGAUCGGGACGCUUCUCUGCUUCGGCCUGUCAUACGGCGUCUCCUGGCGAGACAUUUCCAUCACCGGAGCCGCACUCAACGGUCCUUAUCUCCUUCUGUUGCUCUUCUACCUACCGGAUUCACCGCGCUACCUGUUGAGACAAGGGAAAAUACCAUCGGCAGCUGCUAGUCUCAAGCGUCUCGCGUCUCUGGAUCAAUUGUCCGAUAUGCGCGAUGCUUACGAUCUACUGAAAUUGAGCGGCCAUGACGGUGGCCUACUCAAGAAGCCGUUCAUGUUACCCGUUAGCAUCGCUGGAGGGCUCAUGUUCUUCAGUCAAUUUUCAGGUGUUGAUAGCGUACUGACGUACGCCGCUGAUAAAUUCCGCGACCAUUCCAACUUCCCCAUCGUGGUGCUUUACGGUGUCCAGCUGAUCACGGCGCUCAUCUGUUUCGGUACGGUGGACCGCAAAGGUCGCAAAUGGCUUUUACUCGUGUCCGCAGCCGCAUCGGCCUUGUCUAUGCUUUCGCUGGGACUUUACGUCCUGUGCGAGGAUAUCGGUGUCUUGGGUCAAACAAAUUUGCGUUGGAUUCCUGUCAGUUGCGUCAUUGUAUAUUGCGGUGCUUUCGCAUUGGGAUUAGGUCCCAUACCUUGGCUUAUCCUUGGCGAAUUGUUGCCCAUUAGGAGUCACGGAACAGCGACAGCCAUCACUGCAGGUCUUUUUUGGGGCCCUUCAUUAGUGGUGACAAUGAGUUUCGGAGACAUGCAAAACGCCAUGUACUUGUCAGGCACCUUCUGGUUUUACACGAUUUUCUGUCUGUUUGGCUAUCUGUUUGUCCUUUUGGUCGUACCAGAUAUACGACCGGAGGCGACACUAGAACAGAUUCAAAUCUUCUUCAUGGCUAGCGACAAAAGAGAACACGACCAAUGGAGUUUCGCUGUCGCCUGAAGCAUGCGCGACAUACGCGCCCAGUUUUUUAACUUAAAAUGAAUAACGCCCUUUAAAUUGCAGCUGUUCUACAGCAGGCAUUUUAAAAAGAAAAUCAUAAUCAAGUGAGACAAAAAAAAACAACAGUGGGAUAUCCCGGAAGACGAUAAUAUACACCUGCUUGUACAUAUAUAUACCAGUAUAUCUAUAUUUUUAAACAGUAGACGCAUAAAGCAAGAUCCCCCAUCAGUCUAUGUACCUCAAUUUAAUCCCUCCUAAAACAAAAGAAUUCUUUACAUUGUAUGAUCAUAAAAGAGCUGUGCCAGAUGUCGACCUGUGUAACGCGGGCGUUGUUACAACGAAAGAUUUACCUAAUAUUCAAUUAUUUAUGGCAGCACCAUAAAAGAAACAAACUCUGGUUUGGUACUGUGACUUUCUCAUUUUCCCGGAGACAAUUUUUGUUGUUGGUUGAGCAACUCUCUGCUUACAAGAUUGUACAACAGGUCUAUUAAACAUCAGCGCUUAUUGGAGA